GGAGCCGGUAGCGUGAAGAUGGGGGACGCUUAGAGCUACGUCUUCUCCCCCAUUACGACGAUGGGCUCGCCCGGCGACGGCGGCACGAGGACACCGACCCCCCGCGGGGCCUGGGGCAGGCAAGAGACAGUGUAAUGGCAGAGAAGGCACCUGGGGGCAUUAGCCCCCUACAGCAGAUGGUGGCAUCAGGCACAGGGGCCCUCGUUACCUCCAUUUUCAUGACCCCACUGGAUGUGGUAAAAGUCCGACUACAGUCCCAGCGUCCUUCUCCCACUAGUGGGCUGGCACAAUCCCAGGGGUCCUGGAGCAUCCCCUACACUAAAUGGAGGUGUAUGCUUUACUGCAAUGGCAUCCUAGAGCCCCUCUAUCUGUGUCAGAAUGGCUCCCGAUGUGCUGUCUGGUACCAGCAUCCCACCUACUUCACUGGCACCAUGGAUGCCUUUGUGAAGAUUACUCGGCAUGAGGGUGCUAGGACCUUGUGGAGUGGCCUCCCUGCGACUCUAGUAAUGACAGUGCCUGCCACCGCUAUAUACUUUACCACCUAUGACCAGCUCAAGGCUCUCCUGUGCAGCCGAACUGUGACUUCUGACCUCUAUGCGCCCAUGGUGGCAGGGGCUAUGGCCCGACUGGGUACUGUGACUGUGAUCAGCCCCCUGGAAUUGGUGAGAACAAAGCUUCAGGCUCAGCAUCUGUCCUACCGUGAACUUGGGGCCUGUGUCCGGGCAGCCGUGUCCCAGGGUGGCUGGCGCUCUCUGUGGCUUGGCUGGGGUGCCACUGCAUUGAGGGAUGUGCCUUUCUCAGCCCUGUACUGGUUUAACUAUGAGUUAGUGAAGACAUGGCUUUGUAAGAUGGCAGCCAAGGACCGAACUUCAGUCGGCAUCAGCUUUGUGUCUGGAGCCUUCUCAGGAACAGUGGCUGCUGUGCUCACACUGCCUUUCGAUGUGGUGAAAACUCAGCGUCAGAUGGAGCUGGGAAGUGUGGGAGCCUUGAGAGUGACAUCCCCACGCUCCACUUCCACCUGGCUGCUGCUCCGGCGGAUUCAGGCUGAAUCUGGGGCCAGAGGACUCUUUGCAGGCUUCCUCCCACGGAUCAUCAAGGCAGCCCCCUCCUGUGCCAUUAUGAUCAGCACC